GACGUGUCUCGAAAGCAUCACACCUGGAAGGAGCAGAGUCCUUGGCUGUCUUCGUUGGUGAAUGCUGUGGGGACUGGUGUGCCUGCCAAGGGCUUCCCUGCAGGCACAGAUGAGCAGGCAGCACGCUGGAACCCACCCCGCUGCGGCGUACCGGCCCUCCCGGUGUCGCUGGACGGCCAGAAUGGGCGGAACCGACAGAAGCGGUUUGUCCUCUCUGGCGGACGCUGGGACAAGACUGAUCUCACCUACAAAAUUAUCAGGUUCCCGUGGCAACUUGUAAAAGCAAAAGUGAGAAGGACCAUCGAGGAAGCCUUGAAAGUCUGGAGCGAUGUGACCCCGCUGACAUUCACCGAGGUGCAGGAGGGACGGGCUGACAUUGUCAUCGAUUUCACGAGGUACUGGCACGGAGAUAACUUGCCUUUCGACGGGCCCGGGGGGAUCCUGGCACAUGCGUUCUUCCCCAAGACACACCGGGAGGGAGAUGUCCAUUUUGACUAUGACGAAACCUGGACGAUUGGGAACAACCUGGGCACUGACCUCCUCCAAGUGGCCGCUCACGAGUUUGGCCACGUCCUGGGCCUGCAGCACACGGCUGUCUCCAAGUCGCUGAUGUCUCCAUUCUACAUCUUCCGCUACCCGCUCAGCCUGAGCGAGGAUGACAAGCAAGGUAUCCAGUACCUCUAUGGGAAACCCAAACUGGAUCCCGACCCAACCCCGACAGAGCCAGCAGAGCUGCCCCAGCCAGACCUCGAAACAAAUGAGAUCACCAACGUGGAGCCCGACGCCUGCGACACAGCUUUCGACGCCGCGUCCACCAUUCGAGGGGAGCUGUUCUUCUUCAAGUCUCGCUACGUGUGGCGGCUCCGGGCUGGAAAGCUGCAGGACGGCUACCCAGCUCUGGCCUCCCGCCACUGGCAGGGGAUCCCCAGCUCUGUCGAUGCCACCUUCGAGGACCCUCUGGGCAAUAUCUGGUUUUUCCAAGAUUCUCAGUACUGGAUUUACGAUGGUGAGAGACGGGUAUCUGGUCCCACGCCAAUCGUGGAGCUGGGCCUCCCUGCAUCCCCCGUGCAGGCGGCUCUGGUGUGGGGGGCCGAGAAGAACAAGAUCUACAUCUUCAGUGGGGGCAACUACUGGCGCUUCAACCCUCACACCCGACACGUGGACAACAUAUACCCCCGGACCAUGGCUGAUUGGCGCGGUGUCCCCCAGGAGAUCGACGCGGCUUUUCAGGAUGAGUUUGGUUUUGCCUAUUUCCUGAGAGGCCGAGAUUACUGGAAGUUCGAUCCAGUGCAGGUGAAAGUGCUGGAGGGCUACCCACGCCAGAUCAGCCAGGACUUCUUCAGCUGCACACCCUCCUCCAACUCCUUCAGAUGA